GCGUAACAGUAAUAAUAAUACUGCAUAAUAUGCAGUUAUAGUUUUUGUUACAUGGAUAAUCUAUCGGGUUCUCUGAGUGGUUGAAAUGUUCCGUUACGAAACUCGUAGAGUUGAUGACGUGCAGAAAUUGGGAUUGGAUGGUGCGCAGGUUAAGAGGAAAAACAGUACACUAAAACAAAAAUGGAAUGGUUUCUUGUGUUUUUUACGUAAAAGUGAUCUCACGUUUAAAUUUAACCAUGUAAUGGAAUGAAUAAUGCCCAUAAAUGAUAUAAAAUCAACUUGUUUUCAUACACAUUGUCUUCAUACGACCAAAAAUGAUUCUUCUGUUGAUCUAAAUAAGUCAGCCGAAGCCAUGAUGGCCUCACUGAAGUCGGACAAGGCAGUGCACAUGUCCGUGGAGGAAGUGUCCGAAAUGUGUCAGACCAACCUGGACCUUGGCCUUACCACGGACGAAGUGACGCGCCGAAAACACAUAUACGGACCCAACGAGUUCGAGAUCACCAAGGAAGAACCACUGUGGAAGAAGUAUCUAGGACAGUUUAACAGUCCUUUGAUCUUACUGCUGUUGGGGUCAGCAGUUGUCAGUGUCUUCAUGAAACAAGUAGACGAUGCAGUUAGCAUUACAGUCGCCAUCAUCAUUGUAUCCACCGUGGCCUUUGUUCAGGAGUAUAGAUCGGAAAAAUCUUUAGAAGCGUUAACGAAGCUUGUUCCUCCACAGUGUCAUUGUGUGCGUAAUGGCAAACAGGAGACCUUUCUAGCCAAAGAGUUGGUACCAGGAGACAUUGUCAUUCUCAGCAUUGGUGACCGAGUCCCAGCAGACAUCAGACUCAUUGAGGCUAUAGACCUGUCAAUAGAUGAGUCGAGUUUCACUGGAGAAACUCAGUCAGUUAACAAGACGGUAAACACUCAGAAUGACAGCGAGAAAAACCAGAUUUCACAGAGACGAAACAUUGCCUACAUGGGCACGCUCGUCAGAACCGGCAGAGGAAAGGGUAUUGUUAUUGGAACUGGCGAAAAUUCUGAGUUUGGAGAAAUAUUUAAAAUGAUGCAAGGGGAAGAGGCACCGAAGACCCCUCUACAGAAGAGCAUGGACACUCUGGGAAAGCAGCUGUCGUUCUACUCGUUCUGCAUCAUUGGCCUCAUCAUGAUGCUUGGCUGGAUCCAGGGAAGGAAAAUUCUCGACAUGUUCACUAUAGGAGUCAGCUUGGCAGUUGCUGCCAUCCCAGAAGGACUUCCUAUUGUUGUGACGGUUACCCUGGCUAUUGGUGUGAUGAGGAUGGCCAAACGGAAAGCUAUCGUCAAGAAGUUACCAGUCGUAGAGACAUUAGGUUGUGUGACUGUGAUCUGUUCUGACAAGACGGGCACUCUGACCAAGAACGAGAUGACCGUCACUCACAUAGUGGCUGCUGACGGACAGGAGGCAGAGGUGACUGGUGUGGGCUAUAACGCUAAUGGCGAGGUGACGUGCAACUUCCAGAAAGUACGGGUCGAGUCGCACCCAGCAUUUGCAAAAGUUAUAGAGGUUGGGUGUGUGUGUAACAAUGCCGACAUAUCGGACGGCUGUCUGCUCGGACAGCCCACAGAGGGAGCCCUGAUAGCUGUGGCACAAAAGAUGCACAUGGGUAACGUUCGUGAGCAGUACACGCGUCUGCAGGAGAUGCCAUUUAACUCUGACAACAAAUACAUGGUUGUUAAAUGUGUUCUGACAUACUCACAGAACAAGGAAGAACUGUUGUUUUUAAAAGGUGCUUUGGAGCAUAUAUUGAGACAGUGCAGUAAAUACUAUUACAACGGAGCUAGUUUGCCACUGACGGAUAAACACAAAGCGAGCUUCCUCCAUCAAGCAGCAGUGAUGGGCAAUGCUGGAUUAAGGGUCCUUGCCAUGGCGUGCGGCUCUCCGAUGGGAGACAUGGUGUUUGUCGGCAUGGUGGGAAUCCUCGACCCGCCGAAACAAGGCGUGCGGGAGGCAGUGCGCACACUCAUCAGUGGAGGCGUGUCCGUGAAGAUGUUGACGGGAGACUCGCAGGAGACGGCCUCAGCCAUUGGAUCUAGACUGGGCCUGUACGCCACUGGUGCUCCCAUUCUGUCGGGUGAUGAACUGGAUAAACUGGAUGUUGGACACCUGCGUCAGAUCAUCAAUCACGUUUCUGUGUUUUACAGAGUGACACCAAGACACAAACUCAAAAUAGUGAAGGCGCUCCAGAUGAACGGCCACAUCGUGGGUAUGACCGGUGAUGGGGUGAACGACGCUGUGGCUCUCAAGUGUGCCGAGAUCGGUAUCUCCAUGGGCCAGUCCGGCACCGACGUAUCCAAGGAGGCCGCUGACAUGAUCCUUGUCGACGACGAUUUCUCUACAAUCUUGUCUGCCAUUGAAGAAGGAAAGGGAAUAUUUUACAACAUCAGAAAUUUUGUUAGGUUUCAGCUAAGCACGAGUAUCGCUGCACUGUCGCUGAUAGCGUUGUCAACGAUGAUGAAGCUACCAAACCCACUGAAUGCCAUGCAGAUCCUGUGGAUCAACAUCAUCAUGGAUGGGCCCCCAGCACAGAGUCUGGGUGUUGAACCGGUGGACCCCGAUGUUGUGCGACAGCCUCCGCGACGGGCGAGAGACCCGAUCAUCACACGCGGCCUCAUUGUCCAAGUGCUGCUGUCAGCCUUCAUCAUCGUCACGGGAACGCUAUGGGUCUUCUGGAGAGAGAUGAGUGAUAACAAGAUUACUCCAAGGGACACAACUAUGACGUUCACCUGUUUUGUUUUCUUUGACAUGUUUAAUGCUCUUAGCUGCCGAUCACAUAAAAAAUCUAUAUUUCAAAUUGGAUUUUUCACCAACAAAGUGUUUUUAAUGGCCGUGGGCGGUUCCCUCAUCGGUCAGCUGUUUGUGGUGUACUUUCCUCCCUUACAAGCUGUGUUCCAGACAGAAGCCUUACAUUAUACAGAUUUUGUGUUUUUAUGCAGUUUGACAUCUAGUGUGUUAGUCGUGUCAGAGAUACGCAAGUGGUGCCUGCGACAUAUGGAACAAAAGGCCAGGUUGGAGGAAGAGAGGAAAUAUUACCCCGAAAAUGUCGUCUAACAAAAACCCGUGGGCAGGGGUGGGUAACUUAUUCUGUAUUCAGGACCCAUGUACAGCAAUAAGGAUCAAAAUGCAAUUUUUGUUGCUUUUUUUUUUUUUUAAAGAAAGAAAAGUGAAGACAACGAUAGAAAGAUAAUCAGAGAAGUAGAUCAUUUAAAGUGUAUGGCAGUUCAAAUCCCACUUCCUUCUUUGUUUUUCAGACUACCGGGUUUUCCUUCAUUUGUUUUUGUUACACAUCCUGGAAGGAUGAUGCUCAUUUGUUACUACAGUUAAGAGGUUUAUUUAUUUCAGAGUAUAGGCACUGUGUUACACAUCAGUGUUCAAACACUGGAUUUUUGUAGGUGAUAUAUAUAUUUAAGAAACGUGACAAGUAGGUAAUGUAAAAUAGUUAUUAAGGUGUUAUUUUUUGUUUUGUAAAACUGAAUAACUUUAGCCAAAAUACAAGCAUUAAUUAAAAAAUAACACCCAUUCUUUUAAAGUAGAUAUUUUAAUUUUUUUUAAUUUGUAAUGGCAUAUGCUAUAAAGCCAGACUAGUCGUGACUAUAAAUGUAUGAUUUUCUAUAUAAGUUAUGCACAAUACUUUAGUGAUAUCACUUAAUCCUAUGAAAACCUAAUGCUGCUAGUUUUGUUGUCUCAAAUUAUAUUUUUAAAACUAAUUUUU